AAUGGCACAGAUACAAAGAUGAGUCCUCUAUCUAUCUCUAUGGCCUAGGUCUACUAAAACUUUUUGGAGGUGGCAACACUGCCAUCUACCUACAAUAUUGUACCUAGCUCUUCCUUCCUUCAGGCACGAUUCACACGGGAGCGCGCGUUCGCGUGCCACAUCCUUCAGCGAAAUGACAUAAUUUCGCUUCGCUAUGCUGUUUCUGAUAGAAACGCGGUAGAUUGGAACCCAUAGAUAGGACGAGGAUACAUAUACAUAGAUAGGACUAAGAUACAUAUAUUUGAUGAACUGGAAAGUCUGGCCAUUUUUUGUCGAGGGAGGUGUCAAUUGGAUUCUGAAUCGCGUCUGACCGCGUCUCGUCUAACUAGAAUUUUCUAUGGCUGCCCCAGCCAUGCAACAGCCCAGUUACCUUCUGGCCAACCUGAAAAUGGACUCGACCACCAAGCCUUUUCUCCAGUGUUGCCAGGAGCUGGUGAAGGUCAUUGAUGACUACCCUGCAAAGGAGCUGCACCUGAUUUUCCCCUGGCUGGUAGAGAGCGUUUUCGGCAGUCUUGACGGUGUCAUCGUGGGCUGGAACUUGGGAUUUCUGCAGGCGUGCAGCAAUCAGUACAACAUCGUUAUGGACUUUCUCAAUCCUAGUGGUCCAAUGAUGAAGCUUGUGUACAAGCUUCAAGCAGAGGAGUACAAAUAUGAAAUACCAGUCAGCUUCCUGCCUGGUCCUGUAAAGGUGUCCAUACAGGAAGGUGUUCUCCCAGAUUGCCCACUUUUAAACAACAAGCUGCAUUUUCCUCUGUCUGGUCUGCAGACACUCAGCCUGGCACUCAAUCCCUUUGAAUAUUACAUGUUUAUGUUUGCCUCCAGUCUCAUAACACCAAAGAACUACUCUCUAGGACAGCAUGUGAGCAGCCUGGAUAGUGCAUACUUUGUGCUAGUGGACACCUACCUCAAGUAUUUCCUUCCUACAGAGGGCAGUGUUCCCCCUUCUCCAUUCAUCUAUAAAAGAGGCUCUGUGUCUCCACCUGCUCCCAGGGCUCCCAGCGUGCCUUUUGCAGGGUAUGGCAUCCACAGCGCCAGCCUCCUUAAGCGCCACAUAUCCCAUCAGCCCUCAGUCACUGCUGACCCUGCAGCCCAGGAGAUCUGGAGGUCAGAGGCAUUACUACAGGUGUUUGUGGAGAUGUGGCUGCAUCACUACUCCCUGGAGAUGUAUCAGAAGCUGCAGUCCCCCCAGGUGAAGCUGGCGCUGCUGCAGUAUCGCCUCAGUAUGUCCAGCAUGCUGUGCCAACCCCUGACCCCUCCUGGCUCUGGAACCCUCCACACGUACCAAGAGCCAUUCACCCCAACAGAGGAGCACGUUCUGGUGGUUCGUCUCCUAGUGAAGCACCUCCAUGCCUUCUCCUGCAGCCUGAAACCUGAGCAGGUCUCCUCCUCGGCUCACUCCCACACCAGCCCCCUGGAGGAGUUGAAGAGGGUGGUGGUACAUCGUUUUGUCCAGCAGAAGCUAUAUGUGUUCCUCCAGCACUGCUUUGGCCACUGGCCUUUAGAUGCCUCUUUCAGAGUGGUGUUGGAGACGUGGCUUAGCUACAUCCAGCCAUGGAGGUACACAGGAGAGAAGACCAAUCCUCAGACAGACCAGAACAAAGGUGUACCUGAGAAAUGGAGCUUGUUUGUUCAGGAGAACCUGCUCAUGUACACCAAGCUCUUUCAGGGCUUCCUUAACAGGGUGGUACGCACAGACCUGGUCAACGUCAAAAAUGCACUAAUGGUCUUCAGGGUGGCCAAAGUCUUCGCUCAGCCAAAUCUAUCGGAGAUGAUUCAGAAAGGAGAGCAGCUGUUUCUGGAGCCGGAGCAUGUCCUCCACCACCGGCAGCACCGGUGCUUCCUCUCGCCGGGCCACGGUGGCAGCUUUUUAUCGGCCCGGCAGCCUGUGGUGACAGACAGGGUGUUCAGGGUGAAGAGCCACGUGUAUGGUCUGGAGGGCCAAGACUGUCAGUAUAAACAGAUGUUCGGCAUGGAGCUGAGGGGCACGGUCUUGAAGCUCAUUCAGAUCAUCGACCAGGCGAGGCAGACCGCCAAGAAGAUGUCAGAUCAGUCAGCUGAGGUGGCGGCCAACAACUCCUUCAUGUCCUGGUUUGGAAUGGGCUCCCCUGACCUCAACUACACCUUCAAUGGAGGAGAGGUGGAUGACACCGGGGCGUGUGUUAAGACCCAUGAGUUUCUGGAGAGGUCACUGGACUACCUCUGUCAGAUAUUUCGGCUGAAUGCAGGACAACUGUCUCAGCUGAUGGCUACCCUAGGCUCUGGUCAGGACGAUGGGAACUCCAAGCAGCUACCAGACUGUGUUCAAGGGGAGAACGGACUCAUCCUCACAGACCUGGGCCGGAUGCAGGUCAUCAAUGGACUGCGUAGAUUUGAGAUAGAGUACCAAGGGGACCCAGAGCUUCAGCCCAUCAGGAGCUAUGAGAACGCCAUCCUGGUCAGACUGUUCUUCAAGAUCUCAUCUCUGGUGAAUGAGAGGUUCGGAGGUCACAUGGAUGCUCUGUGCUCCCGGCCGGACUUCCUGGGCCAGUUGGGACGGCACUACCUGGCCAGCCCCGAGGCCGCGGCGGAUGGCAGGUGCAGGAGCCCAGAGACACGACUAACAGCAGAGAGGUACCGACGGCCGCGGCUAAGCCUGCGCAUGCUGGCGAGCUACAGAACCCUGCUGAUGCUUCUACUGCUUUACCUGUUUGGGGCACUGUUCUCACUCGGCCCCAUGUCCAGCACACUACUCAUCCUUACAGGAGGAUUUCUCUACGGACUCUUAAGUUGCCCUGUUUGGAGAUAAACUCAAGUUCCAGUAGCAGGAGAAUGAAAUGGCUUUUUUUUUUGCCACUUGCCUUCAUGCUUGGGCCACCUAUUGUGAUAAAUGUUGUUUCUUUUUAAUCUUGUAAAUAAAUUCAAGCACAUUGCCGUUUGGAUGACGUUA